AUAAUGUAUCUUUUAUGGUUGUGAUGAAUCAGGGAAUCUGUUAUAUGAAUAUUUUGCUGUGAAUGUAUGUUAUUUUACGCCGCUAUCAGCGCUUUUCAUCAGUUUCACGGCGGAAUUUCAGAACAAAUCGGGGGUUAAAAUCUACCACACCAGCUAGCGACGCAGAAUAAGCAUGAGACACAGCUGAUUCACGGCCAGCAUCAAAUCGCUCACCCCUCACUUCCUAUCGACCUCGUUCGCGUCACUGCGUUAUAGCUGAUAUUGUUCUGUAUUCUUCAUUUCCGGGGUCUUUAACUUCAAUCAUACAUACAUCUGCAUAUGAACAAACACACAUAUAGAUUAGUUUGUGUGGCACGUGACGGAGUCAUGUGUCCUCCUCGACAAACGGGAGCUGUGGUGUAGUUGUUGAUACUUUUUGUCAGUAAAUCAGAUGCUGUCAACACCAUGUGAUUUCCAGCACUCGACCACUUCCGGGUUCGUAGUUCACGCCUUGUACAUCAUGGCACGUUGUCGGUAACUCUGGGCGCAAAUGGAUACGGAUACAUUAUCUGAUGUCGUAUAAGGAUAAACAGACUGUUUAUGUAAAUGAAAUACACGAAGCAGCGUUUGUACAUAUCAGCUAUGUUAAAGUGACGUGUUCAACACGGACGUAUAUAACAUCAGUGUUCAAUUGUCAGUGUUCGGCAUCACAUUGUGGGUUCAUGGACUGACAGUGACGGGAUGGCAACGAAAGUGCACAUCGUCGUCAUGCUGACGUUUGUAGUUGGCGUGAUGAGCGUCGUAGACGUAGCUGACGUGCCACUUCCAGGGAAGAGAUGGGACACAUUAUUCAGAAGGAAGAGAGCGAGCCUUGAUAAACGUGGGUUCAGCGUGGAGGAAAAGACGGCCAUUAUAGACCUACACAAUCACUACAGACGGAAGGAGCGGGCAACAGACAUGACGCUCAUGGUGUGGGACGAGAGCCUUGCCCAGAUGGCCCAGGGGUGGGCAGAAAGGUGCGUGUGGGACCACAGCGAGAACCGUUACAACAGACUACCUCAGUAUAACUAUAUAGGAGAGAACCUAUAUGCUGCAACAGAUCUACCUUCAGCUGAGACGGCAGUGGGGAACUGGGCGGAAGAGAUCAAGUAUUACACGUUUUCCAGUGGAUAUUGUUCCAAAGUCUGUGGACACUACACGCAGGUGAUAUGGGCGAAGUCCUAUGCUGUGGGGUGCGGCAUCAGGCAUUGCUCCAACCCUCGUGGUCUGGACUGGUCCCGAUACGGAGGCGGCUAUAUUGUCGUCUGCAACUACGGACCAGGAGGGAACAUCCGUGGACGUAAACCCUACGACAAAGGCGGUCCCGCCUGCUCCAACUGCCCUGAAGGAUUCAAGUAUUGUAUAAACGGACUCUGCAGCCAAACAGAGGUUGCCGCGGCUCCAUCGCCAUCGACUGCGUCACGUCCCCUGGCGAGGUUCUUGCUCAUCACCAUGGUGAUGUUUUCAUUGUGGUCAAACAGCGUACACUAGAGGUGCAACUGUAGAGUAUAUGUAUAACAUGGUUCUACAACAUACCAUUGCCAACCUUCUGAACCGGACAACAAAUCUAUCAUUACACCGCCAUGCUAUGUGUGGAAUAUGGCUAAAAGCGGCCUAAAACCAUACUCACUCACUCAAUCACCAUAUAUCAUAACGACUUUUAAUUUGCAGCUCAAAGAAGGAACGAGAAUGUGUCUUAAGUGGUGCAGAGCGUGAUAGAUUCAGUACUUCUUUGUAGAUAGAGCCUGGUAUUUUAUUUAUUUUCCCAAGGGAAAAGGUCCUUUGCUCUAUGGGUAGACCUGCAUAGGGAAAUAAACAGAGGAACAUGGCAUUUAAUAAAUGUGUAACAUGUAAAUUUUGUCAGACAUAUGUCGCAUGCAUAGAUAUAAUGCAUUGAUAAAAUGUCUAGACUUGCUAAUGACCAAGAUACAACAGCCGAUAUGAAAUGCGUUCUUCAUUCUGUGCAGACUUGGAGCAAGGCUAUUCCGUUAGCUGCACAAUAUGGCUGAAACAUGCCGAUGCAAAGUUAACUUGUAGUCGUUCAUCAUAUGGUUUUGAGGGCCGGUGUGGUAGUCUAGUUUUAAAAAGCGUUCGCUCGUCACGCCGAAGACCCGGGUUCGAUUCCUCACAUGGGUACAAUAUGUGAGGCCCAUUUCUGGUGUCCCCCGCCGUGGUAUUGCUGGGAUAUUGCUGAAAGCGGCGUAAAACCAUACUUACUCACUUGCUUAUGAUAUGUAGUAUACAUCUGAAUAGACGUGUAACAAGAUAUGUACGUUUUCGACAUUCCGUAAGUUAGCUGUGAUAAAUGCAAUGCCAUGAAUCUGUACAUGUUACAUUGUGAACAUGCUGUUUUGUUUAAUUUGAAACACCAUCUCAGUGCCAUAAAUGUUCAAUCUGUUUCAUAUUUUAAAAUAUAUACUCGAACAAU